UCCAGUUUUCAAUAGAGCAGAAGCUUCAAAUAUUUCCCAUAAUAAAUAUAAUUAAACCAACCCCAUAUAACAAAAUUUUCUAAAACUUUUAGUUAGGGUUGUGAAAUUUUUAUAGAAUGGUGUCUGAACCAAAUUCAAGUGUGAUCACAAAGUUUUGGCAAUGUUUGAUGAACUUGCCUAAUGAGUUUACUAUUAAAGUAGUAAAUGUGAUGUUGCAGCUGAAGGAAUUGGGAAAAGAAGAUCCAAGAAGGGUCAUUCAUUCUUUGAAAGUAGCAUUUGCUAUUACAUUGGUUUCAACAUUUUACUAUCUUAAACCUCUCUAUGAUAGUUUUGGUUCUUCUGCAAUGUGGGCUGUUAUGACUGUUGUUGUUGUCUCCGAAUUCUCUGUAGGAGCAACACUUGGAAAAGGUUUAAAUAGAGGUUUAGCAACAUUUUUGGCAGGUGUUCUUGGACUUGGAUCUUAUUACAUGGUUCAUUCAAUUUCAAGAGGAAAUACAACAAUUGAACCUAUACUUCUUGGAAUCAUAAUAUUUCUAGCAACUGCAGGGGCUACAUAUAUUCGAUUUAUACCUCUAAUGAAGGCAAGAUAUGAUUAUGGUUUGCUAGUGUUUAUCUUGACAUUUUGUUUGGUAUCUGUAUCAAGUUAUAGAGACCAUGAGAUAAUUGAUACUGCACAAGAUAGGGUAACAACAAUUCUAGUUGGUGGAUUAAUUUCUGUGUUGGUUAACAUUUUCUUGUGCCCUGUUUGGGCUGGUGGUGAUCUUCACAAUCUAGCAUCAAAAAACAUCGAAAAACUUGGCAACUUUUUAGAAGGUUUUGGAGAUGAAUAUUUUGGAACACUAGAGGCUGGAGAAUUAAAUAAAUCACUUAUGCAAGGAUAUAAGAGUGUUCUUAAUGCGAAACAAGUCGAAGAUAACUUGGUCAAUUUUGCAAGGUGGGAACCCUGCCAUGGUCGUUUUAGAUUCCAAUAUCCUUGGCAACAAUAUCAAAAGAUUGGAAACCUAUCAAGGCAAUGUGCAUAUCGGAUUGAUGCCCUUAAUGGUUUCCUUAACAACUUCACUAAGACACCAAAGGAAAUCAAAAGCAAAAUACAAGAACCAUGCAUUAAGAUGAGCAUGGAAACUGGAAAAGCUUUAAAGCAAUUAUCAAUAUCAAUCCACAAAAUGGCUCCACCAACCUCAGCAGAAACUCACAUUGCAACAUCUAAGAUUUAUGCCACAAACCUAAGGUCCAUGAUCAAAACAAAAUUGUGGGAAGACACAAAUUUGUUUGAGGUUGUUCCUGUUGUAACUGUGGCUUCAUUAUUGCUUGAUGUAGUUUCUUCCACUGAAAAACUUGCAGAAUCAAUACAAGAAUUAUCCACCUUAGCAAAAUUUAAGAACAAGGAAAGUAAAGUUGCUGCAGAUGAUGAAAAAGAAAUUCCACAAACAUGCAGUGAUAGUAGGGGACCUCAACAUGUUAUUAUAAUUAACUAGCCUUCUACAAACUUGACACAUAAUGGGAGUUCCUAAAUGCUAACAUGUUACCAACUAAUAAAUUAAUCAAUCAUCUUAAUCUUAAUGUAAGUAAAGAGAAACUUUUGUAAAAAAUAUGAUUAAGAUUUACAUGAAGAAUUUGUUAUUUUAUUUUUACAUAUAUAGUGGUGUAGAAUUAUUUAGUUUUUGUGUAAAAAAGUUUAUUAAUUAAAUUUUUAAGAGCUGAGUCAGCAUGAGAGUUUAUUAGUGAGGUUAGAGAGCACUAUUUUGAGAGAGGCAUAUAUAAGUAACAUUUUUGUUUGUAUUCAUUGUACUUAUUCAUUUCAUUCUAAGUCCAA